AUGUCAUAAUUCAUAGAUUAAGAAAUAAAUGGUUAUAGAGUGUAAAAAGCAAUAGGCGAGGGCAAGUUCUCAACAGUCUACAAGGCAAUGAAUUAGGAAGGCAAUGUGAUUGCUCUAAAGAAGAUUAAAGUAAGAAAUGUUUGCAAAUAAGAUAUUUGAUAUGAUGGAUCCUAAGCAUAGAGAGAAAUGUUUGAAGGAAGUGAAGCUGAUGUAGCCUUUGGAUCAUGAGAACAUUAUUAAAUAUCUGGAUUCGUUCUUGUAUAAUAAUGAAUUGAUAAUUGCCACUGAAUGGGCAGAAAGGGGAGAUUUAAAAAAGCUAAUCAAAAGCGCUUAAGCAGAUGACACUCCAUUUGAAGAGGUUUAAUUGUGGAAUUACAUAUUACAAAUAGCAAGUGCUCUGUCACACAUGCAUGAAAAAAGAAUUAUGCAUAGAGAUUUAAAACCUGCUAAUAUUUUCAUUGGGGGAGAUGGCACCUUGAAAGUAGGAGAUCUGGGAUUAGGCAGAAUCUUUUCAUCAGAAACCAUAGAAGCAUAUUCUAAAGUUGGGACACCCUUAUACAUGUCACCAGAGGUAAAUGUUCAAUUAAAAAGAAGAGCUCCUCCAUGGAGAAGGGUAUGAUAUGAAAUCAGACAUCUGGUCAUUAGGAUGUAUUGCAUAUGAGAUGGCUGAAUUCAAGAGUCCCUUUAAACAGAGUGAGAAAAUGUCAUUAGUAGAUUUAUUCAAUAAUAUUACUAAAGGUGAGUUCAAACCUGUGUCUAAUCGCUAUAGUCAUUAGUUGCGAACUGUUAUUGAAGGCAUGAUUGUGGUUGAUCCUUCAAAAAGAUUAGACGCAAACACCAUAUUGCAAAAAGCUAAAGAGAUGUUCUCAUCCCAUUCUGAUACUAAGAGAACUCCUCAAAUUAUUAAUGUGUUAGUUAUGGAGGUAAAUAUUGUUAUUAAAAUAAAGGACAUUUAUGAAAAAUUAUCUUUGGUGUAAUAUCAUUAAAAUUUCUGUGUUCCUUUGAAAAAGAAACCAAUUUCCAAAUAUUUCUUCUCUUUAGAUGAAAGUGUGAACUCCUCAUAUAGAUUCUACUAUUUUGUUGAUUUAUGUUAUUGGUUAAUGAAUUUACCAAAGUAGAAGAAGAAUAAAUUGGCACAACCUAUUAAAUAUGGCAAUAAUAUAGAAGAUACUGCUAGAAAACUAUUACAAGACAUCAAAGCAUGGGGUAUCAAACUACCUGAAUAACUUGGAUCUCCUCAUAUUUCCUCUGGCUUUGGAGACAUGGUUUGUUUUAUCCUCAAUGAUCUACUCAAUAGGGAAUUGAUACGAGUCAAUUUUAAAUUUGAAUAACCAUAAUUUGGUGGUGAUUUAAGUAAUUCACAGGUCUUAAGUCACCAUAUCUAAUAUGAUGAAUAAGAUUUCCCUGAAGAACUAAUGGAAGAGGAUCAGGAUGAAGUGGAAAAUGAUGAACUCACACAGAGUAUACUAUUUUAUCAAAAGAAAUUCAAAACGGAAUAACCAGACUUCAAUUAGGUUCCCCAAGAUAGAUAAAUUAUCUAAACUAAAAUUGCACAAAAUGAAUGGACUAAUGAAUAUAAUAGAGUCGAAAAAGAACUCAACAUUUUUGAAAUCAAUCUCAAAGAAAAUAAGUCAUAUCUAAAGGAUUAUCAAAGAUCUAUGAACCUUGUGAAGAAAUGCUCAAAGGUAAAUUGUUUACGAAUAGCAAUAGCAAUUAACUAUCGUAUCGUAGUACUUCAAAUCAAAUGAAGUUUAAGAUAUCCAAUAAUAAUGGAUUAAUUAUCUCGAAAUAAUACCUAAAUUGGAGACUCAACUAACCAAUUAAAUCUAACCUGAACUUAAAGAGAUUUUAUAAAACAAUAGACAAUCUAUAUCAUAAUUUGAAAUCUAAAUUAAUACUCUAAGCAAAUCAAAUUCUUCAAAAUUAGAACUUGAUUAACAAUUACAUUAAAAUAUAGUUGGUAUCCAAUCUAAAAUCCCUACCCUUAGUGAUAAUAGACCUAGAUAAAGGUUGAUUAUCAAUUAGUUAAAAGUAUUAAUUCAAUUUCAUUAUGAUAGAACGAUAUCAAAGAUAUGAAUGUUAAAAUUGGUAUUUUAUAGACCCAAUUGACUAAAUCAUAUUCCUACAGCAAUGGAUAACUAUCAGAUGAGGAAGACUUUUGA